AGAACAUUUCCCAAGUCGGCUCUUUUUCUGACUGGUAUCCGGCUGCUUCAGCUGCGCUCUCCACUGCUGUCUAUCUGAACACGGCAAGUGCCAGCUAUGUUGAGGACCGGCAAUUAUCGGAACAUGUAUCAAGUGGAAGACGUGAGGAUCCGUGGCGGGAGUGUGUGUAGCGCGCGGGAAAGAAAGGGUCUUUCUCUUUGUGUGAACCAGGAGGAAGGCAGGAAGUGUCAUCGCUUCUGCAAACACAGUGGAGGACAAGAGGUGCUUAAGAUGGAAAGAAAUGUUUACCUGCCGAAUGAGGAAGAGCACGAUAACAGCCCUGGUCACGGGGCACAGCAGUGCCACUGGGAGACCAAGGCCAUUGUAAUCCAGCGGGCCUGGCGUGCCACCCUGUACCGCAAAGGGAGGUGGCAGGGAGACUGUGAGAACCGUCCACAUCAUCAGCGGGGGAAGGAGCUCCUGACGGCCCAACUGACGGCAGUGAUGGAUGACUUCGGCCAGAUGGAGCUGAAGAGCCUCCAGAGUGGCCUAAAGCAUGUCAAUGAUGAAAGAUUUCAGCUACAGAGUCAGCUGACCACAGACCUUGAGAACAACUUCAACAUACCCCCACUAGAAACCAAGGUGUUAAUCAUCCAGCGAGCCUGGCGUGACUUCCUCCAGAGACAGGAAGUGAUUGAGAAAAGGAGCCCCUCCCCUCCCUUCCUGUCAUCCUCUGACAAGAUGAGCACAUCUAUCAGCAUGAUUACUCUAUCAGAUGGAAGCACCCCGGACUAUCGGGAGGAUGGCAUGGACUUGGGGAGCGAUGCGUCCAGUCGCUCCAGCUCGGAGUCCAACUCCAACAAGGUGACUCCCUGUUCCCCUUCACUAGAGCUGGCAUCGCUGGAGGACUACAAGUCCUCUCCAUCUUUGGAACUGGCAACCUUAGAAGAGGACUACAAAUCCUCUCCUUCCCUAGACCUGGCAACCCUGGAGGAUGAGGACUAUGAGGAGGACGAGGACUAUCAGGAAUAUAAGAAGAAGGUGAUUGAAGAGUGGGAGAGUGAGUACGGGGAAGACUACAGCUCCCAGCUCCCCCCUGGCCAGGUGGAGGGUAGAGUUGCGGGGGGAAUAGGCACACCAGGCGGAGGCUUCCUGAAACCGGUUAACAGCCGCAGCCUGGCCGAGGAGUUCCAGGAUGUGAAGCCUCCGCCUCUUCCUGCUCACAGCGGACACACAGCCACCUCCGCUGCUGCUGUGCCUGAGGAACUGAAACAGAAUGGCAACUUGAUUCUGCCCCACUCCCCCACCAGGCCCCUGCCCCGGGGCACAGGGGCCACCAAGCCCAGCCACAGGCGCUCCAGCCGGAGCAGAGGCGGCUUUGGAGGAGGAGGAGGUGGUGGCGGUGGAGGAAGUGGGAUAGGAGGGCGGAUGGGGGUAUACAGAGAGGAGGAGUGCGUGGAGGAGGAGUCCCUGCCCACCAUGGACUGGGCCGCGCUGGAGAGGCACCUGGCUGGGCUGCAGUGCAGAGAGCAGGAGAACCAGAACCUCAACCACAACCACAAUCACAGCCUGGGAAAGACCCAGUACACCUCAGCCCAAAAGAAUGAGAGGGAGUCAAUCCGGCAGAAGCUGGCCCUGGGCAGUUUCUUUGACGACGGGCCUGGCAUCUAUACCAGCUGCAGCAAAAGUGGCAAGCCCAGUCUGUCGUCACGGCUGCAGAGUGGGAUGAAUCUGCAGAUUUGUUUUGUGAAUGACAGCGGCAGUGACAAGGACAGUGAUGCAGAUGACAGCAAGACCGAAACCAGUCUGGACACUCCGCUGUCCCCCAUGUCGAAGCAGAGUUCGUCCUACUCUGACCGGGACACUACAGAGGAGGACAGUGAGUCUCUGGAGGACAUGGACUUUCUGAGCAGACAGAAGAAGCUGCAGGCCGAGGCAAAGCUGGCAUUGGCAAUGGCCAAACCCAUGGCCAAGAUGCAGGUGGAGGUGGAGAAACAGAACCGCAAGAAGUCCCCUGUGGCAGACCUGUUGCCCCACUUGCCCCACAUCAGUGAAUGUCUGAUGAAGAGAAGCCUGAAGCCUACAGACCUGAGAGAUAUGACUCUAGGACAGCUACAGGUCAUAGUGAAUGACCUGCACUCCCAGAUAGAAAGUCUGAAUGAGGAGCUGGUGCAGCUGCUGUUGGUCCGGGAUGAACUGCACAUGGAACAGGAUGCCAUGUUGGUGGACAUAGAGGACCUGACUAGGCAUGCCGAGAGCCAGCAGAAACACAUGGCUGAGAAGUCCCAAUCCAAAUAAGACACCCAACUCAACCCUACCCCAUCUCCACCCCUUUAUUCCACCCCCCACAUUGAUCCCAACACCCUGGCCCAUGCCUCUCGCUGCUCUCCCUCUGCCUCCCCCCCUGCCCCCCCCCCCCCCUCUCUCCCUCUCAUGGUGGCAUCUGCCAGAGGAAGGCCACCCAUUCAUUUGCUUUUGUGGUUGUCCCAGCGCUAAGGAUGGAGCACUUCCUGCUUCCUGGGAGAAGAGGAAACUGUGUGUUGUCAUAGAUACUGUCCCCGGCUUCAUGUGCAGUGAUCGGCCUUGCUUCGCUAUUGUUUAUUUUUUAACUUUUAUUAAAAGUUUAUUCGCCACUAAAUUAUAACUGUCAAUACAAAAUGGUGAAGAAAAAAAAUAAAUAAUAGUGAGAAAUUAGUAGUCAGAUAAAUAAUAAAAAAAAUACAAUGUAUAAAACUAUGAGGACUAACUUCAGACCAUUUUAAGUUGGACAGUAAUUUUAAAGUAUUUCAAAGUCAAUCUCUUUUUAUUCUGCACAAAUGGUAGUUUUCAACUGAGAAAUGUUUAUUUGAAGGUGCUAAAAGAGUUUAAAGGAAACAUGCCUGCCUUGUAGUGGAGUCGUAGCUUUGGUAAUACGUUCACUCUGAUCGGUCUUCAACAUUUUGUGAAUGUUGAUUUUCUGACACGGGUCAUUUUAAAUAAGUGUGUUAAUAUCAUUUUCAUCCUAUUGUAUUCAGAAUCUUUAUUUGAGGAAGAAAUGUUUAUGUACAGAUAUGUAAAAUAAAAAAUAAACUUUGUUUCAUA